UUUUAAUUUGCUUGCAAAUUUGCAAUCCCAACUUUUUUAGCUCAAUCCGUUGUUGUGGCAAGAAUAUGUCAGGUGCUGAAAGAAACCGAGGGGAGAUUGUCAUGGAGGAUGCUGAAAAGUCCUCACCAAUACCACAACAGGAAGAGGCCGUUGUCAAGAAAAAAUAUGGAGGAAUGAUGCCCAAGAAACCUCUACUUAUUUCUAAGGAUCAUGAACGAGCCUAUUUUGACUCUGCUGAUUGGGCCUUGGGAAAGCCUAAAGGACCACUUGAGGCUCUGCGCCAAAGUUACAGCCUUCACAGCAGCAGACCCAGUACCGCAAGUCUCAGUAUGCACCAUCGGAAGGAGAAUAGGGACAUACACCACUAUCGAAAGAUGGAACUACAAACGAAUGAGAAGCAACUGGUAAUCCUCAAGUCGGGAAGUCCCUCCAAACAUUAACUGCAUUCUUCACUAGUGAAAUAAAAUACGAAAACAUAUUAUUCUAAAGAGGGAAUGCAUGACGCAUCUAACAUAGCUUGCUGCUGUAUUUUGAGGUCUUCCUGAUCCGUAACUGUUGUAGCCUAUAUUUCCUUUUAACUCUCUGUCACGAUGAGCUACAAUAUAUGUUGCAAAACUUAACUUUCGUUUGUUA